CAUCGCAUGCAUGGCGUGCGUUUUGUGAAUUUGAUGUGUUUUUGUCGAAAUGAACAUAAAAAUGUCGGAUUAUUCCAAAUUGAUCAGCGUUUAUGUUGGCGACAAAGUCGGAAAUUUGGCCCGUACCUUGAGAUACAGUCUUGAGUCCAAAUGAAGUAAAGAUAUUAUCUCUUUAAUUUGAUGUUGAUGAGCAGAUGAUACUGAAGGACGGCAUCAUGUCGGUGGCAGAAACAGAAGAAGAAUUCAGUCCAAUUCAGGAAUACAGUCCAAGUGAGGGACAAGAUGAAAGCUGCUCUUUUGAGAAUAUGCAAACGGAGCUGCACUGUAAAGGUGCUGUGCUUACGAAGGCGUGGUCAGACCUGUUUAGAUUCAUUACAAAAUAUCAGGCAGAACUUGUGAUGAAAGAAAAUUCCGUUGAAAUAGCAGGGAAGGAAAUUGAGGAGAGGAAAAAACAUUUGGAAGUAAUUGCUGAUAGUGGUCAUGAUGAAACGUUACAAGAUGUGAUUUAUACAAAGGAAAGAAUGUUGAGAAAAGCACAAUCUGAACUUGAUGUCAAGGACAGAAUGUUACAAGAGGUGCAGUCAGAAUUGUCCAGUAAUACAGAACUGUUAGAAAAAUCUCAAUGUGAUCUUUUAAAGAAACAAAAUGACCUUGUUCAAUAUCGAGGGAAUGUUGAACAGUUGAAAUCCGAGUUGAAUGUGAAACAGGAACAAAUCAAAAUCAAAGACACUUUGCUGAAAAAGUUACAGAAUCAACUCAUGAAGGAAAAUGCGGAGCUGAAAGAACAGUUGGAGCUUGAACGACGGGCGCUACAGUUGGAGAAACAAUCGCAUGACUUGACGAAAAGAACCAUGUCGUCCCCAGGUCUUAAUACAAGAAAGCGUGCAAGGAUGAGUGCAGACGCUGCUACUGUGGUAGAAAUUUCAGAUUCUCCUCCAACCCUCGACCUCUCCGACAGAAAAAACUUUGGAUUGUCCAACGUCAUUUCUAAGUCUGAGUCACAGACACAGUCAUCGGAACAAGGACGAAGAGUUUCUUCAAGACUCAAGAGCCGAACCAGUACAUCACGGUCAUCGACAGAUCAUUCCAGUCAUUUACACCACAUGCCCCCUGCCAGUACGUCUUCAUCUCAAGUGACUUACACAACGCCUCAAAAAGACGCCAAAUUCCCAGAAACAUUCAUGGCAUCCCAAGGUAACAACGCACCAGUCAGUGAUUCAACUGGUGUGACCAGUGACACGUAUUUCCCACUGAGCGUUUCGGAGGACACCAAGCUGAUUGACAUUUCAAGUAUGAAAGUAGACAGUGAUAUCCAAGGUGACGUGCCUCCAGUGAGUCCCAGCGCCAGCGAUAAUGAGGGUGAUGUGACCAUAUCAGAGCUUAUACAAAGUCCAGAGGGCAGCACUGAUGCAAAGAACCAAAAUCUAGAAGUGAGGCAGGAGAGUGAUGGAACUUGUCUAAAAAUGUGCUCUUCACCAAAAAAAUAUACGUGUCGAAUUGGUGACGAAGCAUUCCCAUCGAAACAAUCCCUUGGACAUCACAUUCUAGUGCAUUCCACUGAGGCUCAUAAGUGCUCUCAGUGCGAGAAAGCGUAUAUCACAAAAUGGCGUCUCCAGCAGCAUAUGUUAAUCCACACUGGAGAGAAACCAUAUGAGUGUGAGGAUUGUGAUUUUUUCUCAAAAAAGGUGGCAGCGUUGAGAGUUCACAUGAGAAACGAACAUGGCAAGAUUCACGAGUUCUCCGGUCUCCCGUUUAGUAAGCCAGCACCGAUUGCCAGUGCUGUUGUCGCUGCACAAAUCUCGAGUCAGUCAAGUCAGUCUUUGGAUUCAAAUAUUGUAGCAGAUUCUGAAGCGAUUCUCGAGGAGGAAUCAAACUUUGUCAUUGGCUCUCAAAAAAUACGUUGCGAUCUCUGUGACUUGGUUUUCCCUUCUGCCCAGUCCCUUGUGGAACAUCGACAGACUCACGUGACUGUAAUAUCAGGAUCGUCUAAUCGAUCAUCCGAAUCUGAAAUUAUAGCUUCUUCCGAGGUAGCCGUGGAAAGAUCAAUCUUAAGAGUUAAACUGAGGCGUUGUGAUGAGUUGGUUCCCAUUUCCAAGCAAACAUUUAGAGUAAACCAACGUACUCACACUGAUGAACCGUCAAACCAGUACGAAUCCGAUACGGUGGUUUCAUCUUCUGAAUCAGCUGGACAAGAGGAAUCAAACUUGGACAGUUGUUCUCAAGAUGUCUAUUGCAGUGUCUGCAACUUGGUUUUGCCGUCGGAGCGAUCUCUGCGGUUACACCGCCGUACUCACACCGACAUGACCAAUGACAAGUCACACGUAUGUUCAGUUUGUGACGAGACAUUCCAGCGAGCAGACGACCUACAAAAACACGAGUUGGUGCACAAAGUUCAGAAAACUUUUGUGUGCCCUUUUUGUCAAGAAACGUGCCAGUCAAAGAUUGAUUUACAGAAUCAUAUCUUGCUUCAUGGAGAUAAAUCCAAAAGUGUUCCAGAUCGCCAAGACAGAGGAGAAAAAUCUAAGUCAAAUACGUUGGAGUGUUCAAUUUGCCACAAGUGGUUUGUGUCGCAGUCGGUCCUCAAGGUGCACCUCACCUCGCACACAGAUGAAAGACCUUGGGAAUGUUCUAUCUGUAAUAAGAGGUUCCGACAGAGAGCUGGGCGUGAUAAACAUGAACUGAUUCACAAGGGGAUUAAACCGGUCCAAUGUCCUGUGUGCCAGAAGGAUUUCAGGGCAAAGUUUGCUUUGCAACACCACAUGCGGGUGCACAAUAAGAAACCUAGAAAUGAGCAGUGUCCAGUUUGUGGUAAGCUUUUUGCGACGAAAGGCCUGUUGAAGUCUCAUCAGCGUAGCCAUUCGAAUGACUGUCCUUGGGAAUGUUCAACGUGUGGGAAAUUCUUCAAGACGAGGGGGGGUCGUAGUUUUCAUCAGAUGAACCACACUGGAGAAAAACCAUUCAAAUGUGAUCUCUGCAAGAAAUCGUUUCGCACAAAAUUUGAGUUUAGGUUUCAUGUGAUGUAUCAUGCCCGGAUGGCUGGUAAGAAACCUAAGCCAAAUUACUUCAGACCUCGCGUAGAAACAUUACAAGAUACUGCAGUCGAUUCACAGGAGAUUUCAACAGCUGUUGCAGGAUCAACGGAUGUUUUAGCGGAUGUUGCGAACACACAGAUUCUGACAGGUUCUUUAGGGACGCAGGCGAUUAUAGCAGAAGGUGCCGAUCCUGAUAUGUUCUUGAUCAAAACCGUAAAUGAUAAACAAAUGGCUUUGAUCAAAAUUCCGCAGGAAUCACAGAGGGCUGUUCGGGAAGCUGCAGGAGUGAUUCAUUCAGUUGAAGAGGGGCAAACAGCAACCGCGGGAUUGGAAAGUGGACAGAGUGUUGUGGACAGUCAGAUCUCAUCAGCCACAAGCAGCUUGACUUUAGGGGUCGACACGAAUAUGACCAAGAACCCGAACGCUGGUCCCAAUGUUUAUAAGUGCAACGUCUGCCAGAAGGUGUUCAUGACACAGCGUCUGCUAGAUGUUCACAUGUGUAAAAAACUGACAAAUUAAAGAGAAAAAAAUGAACUGAACUGAAUGAGAGUUGGUGAUAGAUUAGAUUCGACAAGCCAGGGAAGGCAUUCUAUUAAAAACAAAUGUUUUAUUAUUUUAUGGUGCGGUUUCUGUGCGAGCUUUCCAUCAUAAUGAAUCAUCAUAAUGAAAUGUAUACAAUUUCUAAUGACGUUUUUUGACGACAAUGACAACAUUUAAACAUUUUUACCUCAAAAGUGGGCGGCUUUGUGAAACUGCAUUUCACCUACCUGUCUAUAGUCAGCCUUUAGGGUAACAUCCAUAUGGUGGCUCUUUGCGGUGAUAAUUUUUGCAAGUUAUACUUCUGAAUUUGAAAAUGAAACCGUUAUUGCAGGUCCUGGUUGUCAAUCUUUGUGUCAUAUUUCUCAAGGUUAUUGUAAGGUCUUCCUGUGUUUCUC